GACAACUCCGGGAAAGGGGGGGGACGGGGGGCGAGCGGAGGGAUCUUUGCACUAUGGCGGAGCUGUAUGUGCUUAAGACGGUCCCCCGCACCGGGACACUGCAAAACAGCCCCCUCCCCGUUAAGAGAGCGCCAUGAACAGGCGAAGGCAAGCAUUGCAACUGUCAGAAAAGGAGCUCGGCUCCGUUUGCAGAAGAAGCGGGGGACCCCCUGCGGAGAGAACAGCGAAAGUGUCGAUUCCAAGAGGAUACAAUGUAUCUGAUAUUGGCCCAAUGUUAGCCUAUGGGGAAACUUCAGAAGGGAAGGGAAGCAGGAGGCGUCCCCCCAAAAGCAUCUCUGGAAGUGUGCAAUGCGCGAGCGAGAGAUAAACGCGGAGGGGACAGCUGGACGAGCUAGGCCUUGCAAGGGUUAAAGGGAAGCGAGCUGCCUUCCUAGGGAGGAAAAGAAGCAAGGGGGGGUCAGGUCCUCCAGAGCCAAGGCCCCUCCCUCCCCAGUCCUCCUUUCCUGCUUUGGUGUCUCUCCUGCAAGGGCUGCAUCGCUGUCCCCUCCUUCCUGGGAUCUGGAUUUCCUAGCACCUCUCAUCACAGGCAGAACUUGGCAGAAGACCAAGGGGUUCCUUCCGAUCUCUUAGAGGCUUCCUGAGAGCACAGAUGGAUGAACAAGACUCAGCUGGCCUUGGAACAGGAAGAGGCCAUGCCAUGCAAACUGGGAGCAGUGGGGGAUUCUGGGAAAACUCUGUGCAGAAGAUCCUGGGUGAGGAGGACACCCUCCGCUCAGAGGCGCAGAGCCAGCAGUUGAGGCAGUUCUGCUGCCAGGAGGCCAAAGGACCCCGAGAGGUUUGCAGCCGACUCUACUACCUUUGUCGUCAAUGGCUGAAGCCAGAAAGGCACACGAAAGCUGAGAUGCUGGACCUGGUGAUCUUGGAGAAGUUCCUGGCUGUCCUUCCCCCAGAGAUGGAGAGCUGGGUGAGGGAAUGUGGAGCGGAGACCAGUUCCCAGGCAGUGGCCUUGGCCGAAGGUUUCCUCCUGAGUCAGGCAGAGGAGAGAAAGCAGCCCCCACCCUCCAAAACAAAACAUCUCCUCUGGCGUGAGGCAGCUGGGAAGCCCACAAGGCGAGGGGAAAUGAGGGAGCUCAAGAGUCGGAGAUGCUGCCUCUCAGGGGCUUUUCCCUCAGCUGCUAAAAGGCCGCCUUCGCCCGCGUCUCUGGGGAGCCAUUCUGGCACUGAAAAGGACCCGCUUGGCCGGGCGCGCCAGCCAUCCAGCCAGCCGCCCACCCUUCUUAAGCCGCCUGAGAGCAAGCGAGGAGGACGGGCCGAUGGCAAGCGAGGCUGUACCGCCAUCCGCUUUUGUUUCUUUCCCCUGCAUGCCCAGGAUUGGAGCUGGGAAUGCUGAGUGGGCUGCAUGUCCCUGCACGCCUUCUCCACUAGCAGCCCCCCCCCCCAGUUUUGAUCCUGGGAACACCCCUGCAUCCCAUAAUGCUCUACUUAUGGCCCAUCCUUUUUCUUGGAAGGCAUCCAUGGAAUGAGCUCUAACACCCUUAAUAUUCUGUUUGCUUUAAUUUUAUUACAGUCAUACCUUGGUUUAAGUAUGCUUCGGUUUGAUGCAGGAUGGAGAACAUCCCAUAAUGCUUUACUGAUGGCCCAUCCUAUUUCUGGGAAGGCAUCCAUGGAAUUAGAUCUAACACCCUUAAAGCUUCUGUCUUUGUCAUUCUCUUUCUUAUCUUUCUCCCCAUUCUCUGUUUUGAAUCCUUGUUU